CUAAACACCAAACGCCCAUGUCCAGGUUUCUUCGGCUCAAGAAUAUCCCUCUCUCCAUCAUAUUCCUCUUGCAAACAGCGUCAUUAGCAUGGGGACAGGCUUCGCAGGCUCCUCCUACGUCCUUUGGAAGCGAUAGCAUCACUGGAAGUGUUACUGGAACCGCAAUCUCAGGAUCAAGCAGUGUCCUCUCCUCGAGUUCCAUGUCCUCCAACGCAACCCCGACCAGAAGUGCCGAUUUACCCAGCUUGAGCGGAGUCUCAUCAUGUGUGUCGAAUGCCUUCCAACUCUCGGUGUCGGACCUGAAUUGCUCGAGCGUAGCGCAACCGACCUGUUAUUGCCAAAACCUUUCAUUCCCGAAUGCACUCAUUAAGCGCAUCUCCGAAGGAUGUCCAAAUGAACUGGCUACCGCCGAGGGAUUAGUUCAGAGAUUCUGCGCCGUCGCUAGUACAUCUCUCUCAUUCCCGAUUUCUACUCUUCCCACAAGCACAUCUCCUUCCUCCACCCAACCUACAUCUCCUUCCUCCAAUCAGCCUACAUCCCAACCACCCCCCACAUCUUCAUCCACUACCGGAAACAAUGGUGUCCACUCCCUUUUCAAUCCUGACGCCGUCCUUGGACUGGUGACCGCAGUUUUCACGGCGAUGCUCGGUUCCUUCUACGUUUGAACUCCUUUUCUCCACCCGAACUACAUGUGCCUGUUCGCUUCUAACGGACUUGGUACAAGCGCUUUAACUCCCGGAGCACAUAGUUUCUUACAGCAUACUUAUAUAAUGGGCUUUUCCUUUAUAUAAUUAUAACUCAUUUCUCAAUGUACUUUGGCCAGAUAAUACCACGGUUUGCAACUGAAAACGGUCUCGUUCGAC